UCAGGGCACAAAAGCUUAUCCUGACGGCAUGUUUCACGGAUGACAGAAUGGAGAGAGACGAUGUAUAGAAGUGCCGAGUCAGUAAUGGCUUCUUUGGUAACAGAACGUUCACGACCAUUCUCCGCGGUCGACACCGUCGCUCAUCCAUCCAUUUAUCCAUCCAUCCAUACGGUCACACCUCUCUCUGCGCUUUCACAUCCCCAUUCCCGGCCUUGAGCAAAGUCGCAACUCUCCACAAACCAGUGACACAGCAACAUCACCAUGGUUAUGGCGAAGAAAGAACAACAGAAUCAUGAAUCGCCAUCCAGACAAAACCCCCGGUCAAGUACACUCCGGAACGACUGGGCCGCCGCCGCCGCCGCCGCCGCAGCGGAGGAAGGAGAGACUGCGCCACGUGUGUGGACGGGCAACACGGGCAGCAAGCUAGGGAGUUUUACCAAGCAGCCGAUAAUUAUUACCCAUCCAUGGGAAUGGAAGAUCCGGAAUAUUACUAAAGGGCCAAAUCUCCUGGCUGGCGCCGCCACAGACAUGGCGCAUAGAAUCAUAUGCAGCCCUUCCGAGGCUCGCACACAUACAUGCACGCAUACAUAUUUCUCAGUCAGUCAGUCAGUCAGUCAGUCAGUCAGUCAGUCAGUCAGUCAGUCAGUCAGGCACAGCCUGCACAUUCAACCCGUGUGUGAUGACUUUGUGAUGUCUUGCUUUUCUGCUGCAAGGGACGGACUGACUGGCUCGCUGGCUGGCUGGCUGACCGACUGACUGGACGGCCCAGAUCGCCUGCUCCAUCCAGACAUCCAG